AUGGGCCAAACCUCAACAGAAGGUAAUCUUGAUGAGACAACCUUAGCGCGCCUCAUCGAGAUGCUUGAUGAGAAUAACUGUUUAGCCAAGCUUUUCCGACGGGCACGUGACUACUACGAAGGCAGCGGGCAAGAGUUUAAAAUAAGGUUGCUCUCAGAUAAAGGGAAAGGUAAAGAAUACGAUCUCCCGAGUACGAGUGAGGUCGCAGGCCUUAUCGUAGGGGAUAUGUCAUCAACAAUUGGAGUACGAGAUAUAGUGGUUCAAUUCCAAUCUGACACUUUGCAGCAGAUCCGUGACGACCACCCUCUGUACAUGAGCCUCCAAUAUCCUCUUCUCUUUCCACGUGGUGAGUAUGGAUUUCACCCCGAAAUCUCAUUACAUCUUGAGACAGGCACCUCGAAAACAAGGCAAUUCCUGACGAUACGCCAGUACUACGCUGCUCAGAUACAGACACGUCCUAACCAGGGGAUGACAUUGGUUAAAGGGGGCCGUCUCCUCCAUCAAUAUGUUGUGGACGUUUAUACGCAAAUCGAAGAAGAUCGGCUAAGGUGGGCCAGAAAUAAUCAAAAUGUUUUGCGAGCCGAGCUCUACAGUAAUGUACUCGAUGCUGUUAGCAAGGGUGACACUGAUGCUAAAAUUAUUGGACAAAGGUUCAUACUGCCGCCAAGUUUCACCGGCGGGCCUCGAUACUUAGUUGAGAAAUACCAUGAUGCGAUGGCUAUCUGCAGAGAAUAUGGGAACCCGGAUUUGUUUAUCACAAUGACGGCCAAUCCUAACUGGAAAGAGAUUAAAGAACAUCUUGAGAUAUACGGUGGAGACUCCCCCAAUGAUAGACCAGACAUUGAAUGUCGUGUCUUUAAGAUGAAGUUAGAUCAGCUACUGAAGGAUUUCAAAAAAGGAACUUUCUUCAAGCCAUACACUGCAGCUCUCCACAGAAUAGAGUUUCAAAAAAGAGGCCUCCCUCAUGCACAUAUAUUAUUGUGGUUUGGAAACUCAUCUAGAACACCAAGUUCGGAAGAGGUAGAUGAGAUUAUUUCAGCCGAGCUCCCAAACAAAGAAGAAGACCCAGAAGCUUAUAAUUUAGUGACAAAACACAUGAUCCAUGGUCCAUGUGGUGUCAUUAAUCCGAAGUCACCGUGUAUGAAAAAUAAUGUGUGCACAAAGAAGUAUCCUCGGCCUUAUAAUGACAGUACUUCGAUUGACAAAUCAGGGUAUGUGUUAUAUCGUCGCCGCCGAAAUGAAAAUGGGUCUGUGGUUAAAAAUGGGGCAACCCUAAACAACACGUUUGUUGUACCUCAUAACAUUAACCUCCUAAAGAAGUACGAGGCUCAUAUCAAUGUGGAAUGGUGUAAUCGUACAAGUGCAGUGAAGUACUUAUUCAAGUACAUAACCAAAGGUGUUGACAGAGCAUCCGCAGUUAUUGAAAAAGGAAAUACAGCAACUACGUCUGACACAGUUUCUUCUGGAGAACCAAAGGAAAAAGUGAUUAAGCAACGGAAUGAGAUCCAAGAAUACAUCGAAGCCCGACGGUCAGCAUUUGCACGAACAUUAACUUAUGUGCAAAUACCAGAAUAUUUCGUCUGGAACAACAAUUCCAAAGUCUGGUAUGAACGUAAGAAAGGAAAAACCAUUGGGCGAAUUGUGGCUGUCCAUCCAUCAGCAGGUGAUCGAUACUAUCUGAGGAUCCUCAUCAAUAAGAUUAAAGGUCCUAGAAGUUAUGACGAGCUGAAAACUUUCAACGACGUGAAAUACCCUGACUUCAAAUCGGGUUGCCACGCACGAGGCUAUUUGGAUGAUGAUGUUGAAUGGCUCGAGAGUAUGUCGGAGGGUGCUAGAACAGCCACCCCAUACCAACUCCGUGAUAUGUUUGUCACCUUUCUAAACACUUGCUUCGUUGCAAGCCCCAAAGGACUAUGGGAGCACUCAUGGAAAUCAAUGAGCGAGGACAUACUCCACAAGAGGCAAAGGAUCUUAGGCCACACAAAUCUGGAGCUGGACGAUGAGACCCUUGAGCAGUACACGUUAAUCGAAGUGGAAAAGUUGAUGCGCAUGCAAGACCGUUCUUUAAACGAUAUUAAAGCGAUGCCUAAGAUCAAACAAAAUGUUGCCGAAGAAACGCUCAGACAUGACAGUCAGUACAACUUGCUUAACGCCGAGCAGCGUGCAAUUUACGAAUCAGUCUUAGACUCUGUUGACAAAAAAGAUGGAAAACUAUUCUUUGUACAUGGCGCAGGGGGUACAGGAAAAACAUUCCUCUAUCAAACCAUCAUAUCCAGACUUUGCUCGAAAAAACAAAUCGUUCUCCCGGUAGCUUCUUCAGGAAUAGCCGCAUUGCUACUACCAAACGGAAGAACAGCUCAUUCACGCUUUAAUAUUCCUUUGAAGCUCGACGAAGAUAAGCUCUGCAACAUCAAACCAGGUACGAUGCUCGCUGAACUCAUUGAGAAAACGGACCUCAUAAUCUGGGAUGAGGCACCUAUGACGCACAAACAUGCCUUCGAAGCACUUGACAAAACUUUGAAGGACAUAAUGUCUAUAAAAAACCCACACGCAAAGGAUCAAACUUUCGGCGGAAAAACGGUUUUGUUAGGUGGUGAUUUUAGACAAAUCCUACCGGUAGUUCCACAAGGGAGUCGAGCUGAUACCGUCUUAGCUUCGAUAUGUCAUUCAUAUCUAUGGAAUUUUUGCCACAAGUUCCCUUUGAAGACAAAUAUGCGAGUCAACCAGGACGAAAAAGAGUUCUCUGAUUGGCUUCUCAAAGUCGGUGAAGGUCGUCCAGAAUCAGAAAAGGUAGACGCAGACGAUGGCUACCAUGACCAAAUGUUAAAUAUCGAUCCAACAUUGCUCAAAGAGACUAAAGAAGAGUCACUAAAGCAAGUUGUCGAUGCAGCGUAUGGUGAUACCAACCAAAUAGAGGCCUCCCAAAGUUCCUACACCGAUAAAGCUAUCCUAACGCCCCGAAAUGAUACAGUCGAUGAAAUCAAUGCGUAUACAAUCUCCAAAACCACCGGAGAGUCAAAAGACUAG